AUGCAUCUUCCAUCUAUUAUCAAAGAACCGGCAAUACACUUGAUCGGUGAUAAAUGUUAUACAUCGUUGGUAGAAAAUAUAAAUAUUAGAGAUUUAGAAUGUAUUAAAUUGUUGAUAUCCAAGGGACUAGGAAUUGGUAUCGUUUUGUUUGGAUCGUUGAUAAAAAUACCACAAAUCAUUAAAAUUACAACUGCAGGAUCUGUUAAAGGACUAAGUUUUGAAAGUAUUGCGUUAGAAACUAUUGGAUAUGCAAUAGGAUUAGCCUAUAAUAAUAGACAAGGGAAUCCGUUUAGUACAUAUGGUGAAAAUUUGUCAUUAACAAUACAAGAUAUUUUCAUAUUACUCUUGAUUCUUAAUUAUACUGGUCGCAUAAAGGAACUUUUCAUAACUGGUACAAUCAUUAUGGUAUUAUCUUAUUCACUUGGUUCAUCAUGGAUAAUCAACGACACCAUUCUAGCGUUUCUACAAUCACUCACCAUUCCCAUCUCCUUGGCCUCAAAAAUUCCUCAAAUUAUCAAAAAUCAUAGAAAUAAAAGUACCGGGCAGUUGUCUGCUUUGGCAACAUUUGGUUACACCUUAGGUGCUCUGGCAAGAGUUUUCACCACAAUGACAGAAGUUGACGAUGUUAUAAUUUUGACUGGAUUCACUUUGGCUAGUAUUUUCAAUUUGAUAUUAACUAUACAAAUGAUAAUUUAUUGGGAUUCAGAUAAUAGUUUAUUAACAAAACGAGAUUAA